AUGAAUGAUAACGCUGUCCAGUGUGAUGGCACGCUGAUGUCUGUGAGCAGCUCCUGACGUGUCUGCUUCUGCCCGAUGCUUUCUGCUUUUGCUUUGAGAUUCUCUGAAGCUCGGACGUCGCCUGCCUUCUGGUCGAGGACCCUGACAUUCCUGAAGCUGCAGAGAAAGUGAAACAACAGUUUAAUCCGCAUUGAGGACAAGCACGAGGAUGUUUGCAGCUGAGGCCAAAGAACUGAUUGAAAAGGUGGGAGAUAAAGAGCUCAUCUAUAAUGAGAGCCUAAUCAAGAAAGUAGAUCUGCUGACUCUGGUGAAGGUUAGCAGAGGAAAAUUCUGGCCGGUGCAAAAGUACAAGAUAAUGCAACUGAGCCUGCCCGAGCUCAUGGAGUUGGAAGACUUCAGCCCAGAGUGUACAGAUGAACCCUUUGUGAUUAAUUUCAUGAAUUCAACAAAGACAAGUGGGAGAGGAGGAUUAGGUGGAAAAGACGUUGGUAUGUAUGAAGCUGAAGUGAAUGCAGGCGCUGACAGCAUGGAUGGACUGGUUCAGCCCGUCAACAUGAUGUCGAAGAAAGUCGACCUUAAAGCCCUGAGGAGCACGCUCAGUGACGGGACCAUAAAAACGGACAAAGUGAACCUGCUGGCACUGAAAACAAAGGAUAAACUGGCUUUUGUUCACCAGACAAUUUACAACUCCUGUCCCGUCACACUUAUUAGAAAGUGCACGAGGGAUGGGUCCUUGUUGGCCUCCUGCAUAAAGAUACUGAGUCUGUUUGCAAAGGGCCACAGAAAGGAGAAGACAAGCUUCACUGUUCCAGAAAAAUCCACGUUUGCUUACGGCCUGGUGGAGAUAAAGAUAGAGGAUGAGAAGCUGAAGAUCUCGUGUGAACCCUGGACUCGAGGUGCCCUCGAUGGACUCUUUGGCGAUGACAUAGAGAAUGCAACGCUACAACAGAUUAAACAAGAACUAGAGAUGAAGGAUGCUCUUCUGCAGCCGCUGGCAGAUCUUCCUGUGUCGACCCGUCGUGAUCUGCUGAAGAAGCUCAGCGAGCUUGCUGAGGACGGGGAUACUCUCUCUCUGCUGGAGCAAACACUGGAUCACUGCAGUGAUGGAGCAUCUGAGCACGUUCAGUCUGAGGCUGUCUCUUCCUUCAUGGACCUUCUCGAUGUCUCAAACAUCUCCACUGCUGUGAAGGACGCCGUUCAGCUGUUGGUCAGCGUGUUGGACACUCUGCCAGACGAAGUGCCGCCACUUCUGACUCGCUGCAGUCCAGAUACUCUGAGAGUCCUCAACCAGCUGGUGGAUGGGCUGAAGGACGGUCAGGCCAACCUCCCAGAGUCCCUGCCCGUCCCCCUGCAGGAGGGAGAGGAGCUCCGCUGGGUGGCCGAGUUCAUCUGUUUGAACGAUCAGAAGCUGAAAGAGUUGACUGAUGGCUGGGACCGACCCGAGCUGCCCCCAGAGGUUCUGCUGGAGGUUCUGUGCCUCGCUGUGCAGGGACUCAGCCUGAUGCAGCCCACAACAAACCCUUAAUGUCAGCUGCUCUGAUCUUUGUUAAUGUGCUGUUACAGCAGCGUUCUGCAUCUUUGAACAUCUUUGCCUUUGUUUCCUGAACUUUCAUCUGUCAAAGACCAAAAAUGACAAGAAUAAUCUAAUAAAAUACAUAUAUUUUUUUUAAUAAAUAAAACUUUAUACUUUUA